AUGUCAGACGAACAAUCAUACGAACAAGACGCUGUCUCGCCUCCCCAGGAUUUCGAGCAACAAGAUGCCGCCCCUCAAGUCGACGAGCCUAAGGCUCAGGCUCCAGAGCAACCAAACAAGCUUUUCGUCAGACCUUUGGGUUUUGAGGUUGAGCGUGAACAGGUCGAGGAGCACUUUGGUGAGCUUGGCCCUCUUGCUGACGUCCAGAUGAUGCGUGGUUAUGCUUUCAUCACCUAUGAGAAUGCUGAAGACGCCAGCCGUGCCGUCGACACCUUGACCAACACCGAGCUUGCUGGCCAGCCUUUGCAGAUUGAGUUUGCCCGUGAGAAGAAGGAGGACACACGUGGCCAAAACCGUGUUAAGGUGCUUAACUUGCCUGAGGGAACUGCUUGGCAGGACUUCAAGGACUUCGUCAGAGACAAGACCGAGUGUUCGCCAUCGUUCGCCAAGGUUUUCCGUGACUACGAGUCUGGCGAGACCAUUGGUGCUCUUGAGUUCGCUACCGCUGAGGAGUUGCAGAAGGUUGUUCCUUUGUUGAACGAGGCUGACUUCCAGGGCGCUGUGUUGUCUGCUGAGGAAGACACCUCGCCAUUUGUUCCUCCAAGAAGAGAUGGAGGUAGAGGCGGCUUCAGAGGAGGAAGAGGCGGUAGAGGCGGUAGAGGUGGCAGAGGUGGCUUCAGAGACGACUUCAGAGGCGGCAGAGGUGGUAGAGGUGGUUUCAGAGACGACUUCAGAGGCGGCAGAGGCGGCUUCAGAGGUGGCCGUGGAGGAUUCAGAGAUGACCGUGAUGGAGGAUUCAGAGGUGGCAGAGGUGGAUUCAGAGGUGGCAGAGGCGGCUACGACAGAGAUAGCUACGACAGAGGCGACUCUUACCAGAGAGACAGAUCGCCAACCCGUUACUGA